UCUUGAGAGCGUGGAGCUGUCGGCAUUCGGCGCAAUUCUCUCUCCUUUCGCUGGGAAUCGAUUACGCGCUUUUUAUCGACCGGCGGUUUGGCACCGCGAAGGAAGGAGGAGGACGAGGAGGGAGGACGAGGAAGAUUGCUGCUGGUGGUGGUAGGGCCCCGGGGAGGCAGGCGAGGCCUCAACGGCUCGCGCGCUCUGUCAAGUGGAUUCGCUGCGAGCGAGAAUGCAAUGGUUUAGAACGGAGUCGCAGCAUCUUCUGUUAAUCCGCAGUGCGGCCUCGCAGGUUCUUCCCUCGCCCGGAUUUACGGGUGGAUGAUAUUAUGGUUUCUCGUGCACGCCAGCUCCUCUCUUGUGCUGGCCCUGAGUAGUGCUGCUGCUGCUGCAGCUUGUGAGUGAGUGACUUAUCUCGUCGAGCUGAUUAGUCGAAAUUUUAAAGGAAGUGCGUGGGUGCGUGUGCGAGACCAGAGGAGAGCGACAAGCCUUCGUGUACUCUCAAGUGAACAAGAAUAGUUCUUAUCUGAAUGAAGAAAAAUGGUGGCAUUUAGUGAAUACCUUUUGAUUGAUCAUAAAAGUUUACAGGAAGUCGAGGUUUCUUGCAGGAGUCUCGACUCUCCGUAUCGGCAGCGGCAUUCUCAGGUGUAGGAUAUUUAUUACGCCUGGAAGUUUUAAGGUUUUGUAGCGUAGCGGAGGAGGUCGAUAGAUUGAUUGGUCCGUUUGCAUCAGGGGGAUUGGUUGACAGUAGUCGCGUGAGCCGCAAACUGUCGGUCGAGGUGCAAAGCAGGGAGGAAGGAUACGCGUACGUAGCGUGAGACGGUCUGUUGGUGAGAGAUGGCGCCCAGUGCUCCAGACCCGCUUAUGAGAAUGCUUUCACUUUCGGACGGGCCCGUAGGCUCUCCAUUUCCAGAUUUGGAGCUCGAUCUGUCGGAGGAUGAUAUCAGAGAAACCGCGUAUGAGAUCUUCGUGGCAGCAUGCGGACAUAAUGCACUCAGUGCCCGAACUCAGGCUCCCAAGUCGAAGGCGGGAUUGACCUCGGUCUCCUCUCUGACCGCUAAGGGCUUCAGAAAGGCCGCUGUGGCGAUGGGAUCCAAGAGAGAUCGACCGAUGCAUCCCGCGGGGAAGGGAAAGAAACCCCCUACAACGGCCGAGAUAGUACAGUAUCAAAUGCAGAUUAGCCAAGAGAGUGAAAGUCGAAUUAGAAAAGGCUUGCUGCGCGCUUUCACUCAUCAGGUUGGGAAGCCCGUCGAGUGCCUGUUAGUACCGCUGGAACUUUUGCAGAUUAUCGGGCCCUCAGAUUUCGUGAAUCCCGCACACUACAGCCGAUGGAGACUGAGGCAGCUGCGGGUGUUAGAAGGUGGUUUGCUGAUCUAUCCUUCAAUUAGAAAGGAAGGUAGUGAUAAAACUCUGGACCAGAGACUGCAGAAAAUGCUACAUGAUCUGCAACAUAGUUCCGUUGACACUGGCAAAAGUAGUGAAGAAAUGAGCGCCUUAAGAAUGGCUGCAUUGGCUAAAGCAGGACGAUCAGUCAGUGGGGAACACCCGAGUCCUCACCUACACUGGGCAGAUGGUUACCCCUUGAAUGUUAGUCUUUACCUGGCGCUCUUGUCAUCCGUCUUUGACACUUUGGAAGAAGGGCAGGUAAUUGAGGAGAAAGACGAGGUACUGGAAGCGUUCAAGAAAACCUGGGGUAUUUUGGGUAUUAACCAGAUGCUACACGAUCUCUGCUUCAUGUGGGUGCUUUUCAGUCAGUUUGUUGCAACUGAACAACUCGAGGUCGGUCUGCUGGAGGCUGCGGAACAUCUGAUGAAGGAAGUUGCCUUACUAGCCAAGAAUAAUGUAGUUGUUCAAGGGAAAGAGGCUCUCAAGACAGCCCUCACGAGCAUUCACUCGUGGGCAGAAAGAAGAUUAUUAGCUUACCGUGAGACAUUCCCAAAAGGAGCUAGCGGAGUCAUGGAAGCUUUGUUGUCGAUUGGACUCUUAGCAGGUAGAAUUCUAGCAGAUGAUGCCAACCAAGUAUCGCAGCGCAAACAGAAGGAUUUGUCGAAUUAUGAAAGUGAGAAGGUUGAGCUGUACAUAAGGUCAUCUCUUAAAGCUGCCUUCGCUCAGAUGAUGGAAACAACGGACACAAGAAGGAGGUCCUUCAAGAAUGGUGGUGUCUCUCGCCCACCUUUGAUGGUUCUAGCAGCAGAUAUCGGACAGCUUGCCGAGGAAGAAAGGCUGAGAUUCAGCCCCGUCCUGAAACAGUGGAAUGCAUGCGCUGGAGGUAUAGCAGCUGCAACACUUCAUGCGUGCUUCGCUAGGGAGAUAAUGCAGUUUUUGAGUGGUCGCCAAACCAUCGGUCCAGAGGUACUUCAAGUUCUGCAAGGAGCUGAUACUCUCGAAAAGGAGCUCGUUCAGAUUGCAGUCGAAGACGCUGUAGAUGCAGAGGAUGGUGGAAAGGGGCUGAUGCGCGAAAUGCAACCCUAUGAGUGCGAGACUACUAUUGAAAAGCUUUCAAAGGAUUGGCUUCAAAAUGGCCUGGCACAACUUUUAGAGUGGGUUGGCAGGAACAUCCAAAACGAGGAGUGGAAACCUAAGGGUACACGGGAAGGUUACGCCCCUUCAGCUGUUGAGGUUCUGCGAAUGAUGGAGGAAACCAUGGACGCAUUUUUUGCACUGCCAAUCUCCCAGGACCCCCAGUAUGUCGAGCAGCUUGUAUCAGGCGUGGAGAGUGCUGUUCAGUUGUACUGUGAGAAAACGAUAUCUGCAUGUGGGAAAAAGGAGCGGUAUGUUCCAUCUUUACCUUCUCUUACGAGAUAUAACGCUUCAGCUUUCACGCAAAAAGGGGGCUGGCGAGCAGGGCUGCAUCUGCCGCCGAAAAGCAAAAUAGCAUCACAGGUUGGAGUUAAUUCAAAUGAGAGGCUUUCGGAACUAGAAAAUAUUUGUGUGCGAAUCAAUACUCUGUAUCACUUAGGCACUGAACUGCAGUACAUGGAAAAGAGGCUGAGAUACGGCUGGAAGAAAGAGGCGCCAUCCAGAAUGGAGCGAAACGGACACGAUAGCCCUGUCGCCGGUGAAUACAGCAGCUUCAAGGAAGUGGGAGUAGAGAUAGAAAAUGGAGUCCAGUUCUUGAUAGAGCUUUCUGCUUACAGAGCCGUUUUCUUUGACCUACAUCGUGUAUUUUGGGAGGGUCUUUAUGCCGGAGGUGUGGAGAGUGCCAGGAUGGAGAUUGUGAUUGAAAAGCUUGAAAGGCAACUCGAGAUCAUCGCAGAGAUUGCUGCUGAAGGCUUACGAAACCGGAUCGUAGGAGCUCUGAUGAAAGCCUGCAUGGAUUGUCUAGUGUUGGUCCUUCUGGCUGGAGGCCCUUCUCGAGCAUUCUCAAUCGAUCAUGCGGAUAUAUUGGAAGAAGAUUUGGCAGCACUAACAGAUCUCUUCACAUGUGACGGAGACGGUUUGCCACAGGAUCUGGUGGACGGUGCUACGGAACAGAUUCGAGGUGUCUUGACUUUGUUUCAUCUCUCAACUGAGAAACUAAUAGAAAGACUUCGAGACGAGUAUCCAGAAGCAGACGUAGGUUCUGCGAGCAGAUUCAAAUUCGCCGCGCUUCCACGUACAACAGGUGAAUGGGGUCCGACAGAUGCCAACACUAUUCUACGUGUUCUUUGUUACAGGGGUGAUGAUCAAGCUUCUAAAUACUUGAAGAAAACCUUCAAUCUCCCAAAAAAGCUCUCUGGAACAAAGUAGGAGCAAGUGUAGUAUAAUUAGCAGCAUGGUCAUUCUUCAGCGGGCAUCCGAGACGUUCCACGUAGUGAUUGUCUCGCGCUUUUGCACGUUAUUGUAGACGAGAAGGUGGAUAUGAAGUCUCUUCCUUCCUGUACAGUUGGUUUAGUUGUAAAUGCUUCUGGGGUCUCACUUAGACAUAACCCAUUUGUCUCCUAAGUAGAGUAAAGAAGGCUUGGUUAUAUGUGUACUUCCUGAUUAGAGGGACUUGAUCCAGCAAUUUUUGAGAAUUCAUCUUACCC